AUGGCAUCUAACAGUGGUAGACGUUCCACAUUGUUGAUUGAACAAAAAUUGAAAAUCUUGGAAGCACUGGAAUCCAAAAAAGCAGACGAUGUGGCGAAAUAUUUCAACAUUGGCUAUUCUACGGUGAAGAAGAUCAGGCAAAAUGAAGAAGAAAUUCGAAAGGUUGUGGUGAACAAUGGCAAUUUAAGUCGAAAACGAAAACGCGAAAGUCCUAACGAAGAAAUCGGCGAAGCGCUUAUUGCUUGGUUCCAUCAAAUGCGAGCUCAAAAUGCCACGAUCAACGGACCGCUGAUGAUGGGAAAAGCCAAGCAAUUGGCAGUUACACGCGAACAUCAAGAAUCCGAGCCGUCGCACGAUUGGUUGGAACGACUGAAAUCCCGCCACAACAUUAAGUUUAUCAAAGUUUCGGGUGAACAGGCUAGCGCUGAUCAAGCUGGCGCAAAAAAACUGGAUUGA